GCUCCAAUAACUUACGUCGAAAGCACUGUACUAUUGUAAGAUCCAAGCUGCUGUUUGUAAUCACUAAUCAGCCCCGAGGACAGUAAUGAAAGUGUUACUUCAUAACAAGGAGCUAUGGGAGAAGUUCAAGGAGCACCAGACCGAAAUGAUUGUUACAAAGGAGGGAAGGUAUGCUUUGUAUUCUCACACGGUCCAUAAGUAAGAAUACUACUACUUUAAAAACUCUUAUUUAAUUAUUCAAAAUCUGAAAGAACUCAAAUCAGUCAAAUCCAGAGCCGAAGUCACGCGCACUUUCGUAUGGAAGUGGUCGACGUGGGAAAUUUGUGGCUAAUGGUUACGCGGUUUCUGUCUAGUCGUACUUCAGUCUGUUAAUCACAUCGAGGAGUGCUAUUCACUUAAUAAGCAAAGGUCAAUGAUUUUCAGUCGAAAAAUUCAACUUAAAUGUAAAAAACUCUCGUCUAAAGUCGGUUUUGUUGGACUGCCUCAAAGUCUUCAUAUGUUCAGUGAUGACAGAUGUGACCAAGGUUCAAAAACUGUCUGUUUGUCAGUCAUUGUGACAUCUGCCAUCAAUUCGCGUGAUGUGCGAAAAAUUAUUCUCAAGCCAUAAAUAGCUGUGGUCACAAAACACACUUUUUACCCACGAAAAAUGAAAACAUUGCCAUUUAUUGACCGCUGUCAUUCAUACAUAUGUGUACAAAUUUUUUUUAUGAAUGGCGUAUUGAAUGCACGACCUCGCUCCCGAGUCAAACACUUCAACAUUUGAUUUUGACCAUUCCGGAAUUUUAGUUCUCAUUAUUGAUAAGUAAUGACGUGAUGGCACAUAAAUAAACGACAUCUGGUUUUGAAAUCUUAUAAAAUUUGAGAAAAGGUGCUUUGUCUUCGACUUACGUGGAUCGUCUGCGCGGUGAUAUCAAUCAACAGACUGUUGGUUGGGGUGUUUACAAACCAUCGCCUUUUUUAAUCGUCGAGAAAGCUUGUUCUCCCAGCUUGAUUUUCCUUGGUGCUCUAAUAACUUUUCUAUAAGCGAGGAACGUGCUUCGAGAGUCUCAUAGUCGUUUUGUCUGUUUUUAAAGUGUUAGACUCUGCUCGCAGGGUAGAACUUUUGCGUAGUGGCUAAAGAACAUUAUCCCUGUCAAGCUGCAGAUGUGAUAAAUAACAUAACUCGGUCAAAACCAUUUUUGUGUGUAUGUGUGUGGGGGGGUAGGGGUGGGGAUUUAAAUGUCCAAAGACAAAUGAGUCUUGAUUUACCAGAUUACUGUGUGAAGCCUAGAAAGUUCCUCUCGACCUUAUGGGUACUUAAUCUCGCGAAUUUGCCAGGGUGAGACAAUAUUUCACGGGGGUGUAUUUGCGCAAUUUAAUAGGAAAAUAUGAAAAAUGGGCACUAAAUUUCACAAGGCGUUUUAUUCCCGGAUCUUUAUCGCUACAAAAGCAAAAUUAAAGAACGGCACAAUUAAGUACCAUUAAGGUACCUGAAAAAUUUCGCAACAUUUUAACACUUUGAACACCACUCAGUUAAAAUAAAGCAUCGUUAACUGAGACUUUUGUCUCUUUCCUCUUUUUGUAAGCUUUUUAUUAGCACUGUUUGCGUCAAGAUGAUAAUCACUUUUCGUGCAUUUAGCAGAAGGUUGAGAAAACACCUUUCUGGUCUUGUGAUUAUUUACGCCUAACGUUGAUUAUCCAAUUCGAGUUUUGAGCAGGUCCAGUGAAGGUCCAGUUUAACUUAUUUUCUACAUAUUUGCCUAUGGAAAUCGUUAAAGUAAAACUACACGAAAUCAGUACUAUCUCGCCAAGUUCGCGAAAUUAAUCACAGGGGAAUCUUGAUAUAACGAACAUCUAUAGAAUGAGGUUCUCGGAAUAACGAACAAUUUUCUUUACCCCAGUUAUUGAAAAAGAAAAAAAGAACCCGGAUAUAAUGAAACUUCGUUGUAACAUACAUGAUGUCAUGCCAGUCCCUUUGCUCUUCGUUAUAUCGAGGUUCCACUGCAUCCCCGAAAUAAAUGUAGUGGGAUCUGAGUAUGAUAUGAAGAAUUAUGGAAAUCGAGGGGAGCAUCUGCGGUUGAUACCCAUCAAGAGCGUUUCUUCCAAAACUUUUCUGAAGAUUUGCACUACAAAGCCGCCGAGCUGCUACCCUUCCGUCACGUCAUUCGUCCAAAAAUUCAUCCUUGCCCAACAUUAUCCUGACGUCAUUCGUCCAAUUAUUUUCCUAUUAUUGGACAACUAACGUUGAUCUUUAAAAUUCUAUCAACGGUGGUGCUCUAUGAAAACUUAGCCGGGGGUUUUAGGCCAAACAGAUUUGGCUAAAUCAUUUUGAAAGAAUGAUUAAUUGCUUGUCUCCUGUUUCAGGCGAAUGUGUCCAAUGGUUUCAUUGACAUUCGAAGAUCUUAACCCAAAUAAAGUGUACGCUGUAAUGGUAGACUUCGUGUUUGCAGAUAAUUACAAAUACUGCUUUGAUACGUCCUUAAAUUGUUGGGUCCCUUGGGGCGUGAUUCAUGAGGAAGCUUUUUCCAGAAUGUACCUUCACCCGAAAACGCCUACAACUGGUGCUAUUCUUAUGAAAAACGGGCUUGGUUUUGGAAAGCUGAAAUUAACUAACAGUGAGAAGACGGCUUGGAGUUCUAAUCAAGUAAGUUACUGCUGUCUAGAAUAGGUUUUAAGCCAAGAGGAUAAGUUCUCUCAACGUCAGUGGCUUCAUAGCUCAGUAGGUUAGAGUAUCGCACCGGUAUCGCGAGGUCACGGGUUCAAAUUCCCUUGAAGUCCUGAAUUUUGUUCAGGCUUCUACAGGAAUUUAAAGCCAUAUAAUAAACAUCUUUUUAGCCUUUUUUUCCAUCGAUUUACCGGUCCCCCGCAGUUCUCAUAUGAUUUAUUUCAUAUACCUCUGUCACAAAAGAAACAAUACAACCAAACAAUAAAGCCCCCAGGAGAACUCUAUUGUUUGGUUCCUUUGAUUCUUUUGUGAUGUCAGUACUUGCAGAAAGACUCUAAUUUUCGCUGUCAAAUUCCUGUAGUUGGAACCUCAACCACGACCGCAACCACUUUUCCACUAUUUUUAACCUCCUCUAGGCGACCAAGAGAGAAUAAUCGGACAGAGAGGGAAUCUUAUGCGAGUUUCACUUAAGUUAUUUUUGAGAGGUUGUAUUUAAACGGAAGCAUAAUUCCUGAGACGUCCGCAGAAUUUGAAGUGAAUUUGAAACGUCAUCAAGUCCAUUCGUGACUGCCACAAAGUUAACAAUGCAGAGUAAACAAUGCAGAAUAUUGUAAUGGCGACUGUUAAAUUCUCUCUUGACAAAACACUGAAUAAAAAUUUGCGGACCUCUACGGAAACCAACUUCCGAUUAAUUUCAAGCAUUAAAUUGGUCUAAAAAUAACUUUGAUGAAAUCCAUUUAUCCUUUCUAUCCCGCCAUUAUUCUCUCUUUUGGCGACCAAUUGACGCUAGUGUGAUCCUUACGUUGGCGAAUUGAGUCACGCUAUUAAGAGUAUGCGAAGAAGUUUUAAUGAAAACGUUGAACUACACAUAUCGUAACUUGCGGUUAGAAACUGCAUGUAAUAAUAUUUUUAUCAAAUUUAAGAUGUCUCGGAACCCCCUUCUCGAAAGAGACUCAUGCAGUUUAAUUCUCGCGAGCGACAACCAAAUGUUAGCAUUUUGGGCGGUAACUUACGUUAGGUUCGACUGUAUAUCAUUUAUAAGUGCCUUUUUUCUCAGGUGAUACUAUUGUACACGAUGCGUCGUUAUUUCCCGCGAAUUCACGUGAUAGAAAGUCAAGAUGGUACUUCCUUCGACUACAAGUUAAGGACGGAGUUUUGCUUCCCUGAAACUGACUUUAUUGCCGUGUCGGCAUACAGAAAUAAACAGGUAUGCUACUUUAAUCCCACCAUACCCUGCUAGUAGUGGUUUCUCUAGGCUGGACGUCACGCUACGAAGGGAGAGAAACCACGGGCCUUUUUUUAUCUAGCCGCCGUCCAGUGCCAAGAACGAGUAAAUUAACUUCUUACGCUUAUAACUGCUGCCUUAACGCGUGCGUGCUGUGAGUUUGCGGUUUUUUGGGCUCUAUUGCGAUUAUUCCUAAACACUUACUUUGUCAAAUGUAGGCGAACCAAACUGGAAUUGAAUUCCUAGGGAGCAUAUCCAGGCUCAGAAAGGAAAUAAAAUUUCGUCGUUGCUUGUUUACGUUCUCCAUAAAAAGCGAAAUUAGGCAUUUUCACGUCGUAGUAGUGCAAAAGCAGUAACGAAAAGUACAAAAAAGUGUCAUGCAUGUUUGCUUAUUAAACCUAUUGUUAUUUUUUGAAGUUCUCGUUGCGGCCGCGUCGUUGUAUAUAAGAGUCCCUAAUGUUUCUUUCAAAAGAAGGAAAAGUGAUGUAAUUUGACGUUUUGACGUAAGCCGCGUCACGUGGACGCGCAUGCUAGAUGGAAAACCAAACGGUUGCUCGAGGUGGUUUCUCUCCCUUCGUGGCGUAGGGUCCGGCCUGGAGAAACCACUACCUUCUCACAGGACAAUCCCACACCAGUGAAACGAAGUGAUCUGUUUGGACAGGGAAAUCUUUGCUGAUGUUAGUGUUUACAUUCUGUUUAUAAGCAUACGGGUUGACCCAUACCGUAUACACAAACUUGCCAUUUCCGAAUUAUGUUUAGCCUUUAACAGAACUAAUCUUUGUUUUUGUUUUUUUUCCCUAAGAUCACUAGACUCAAAAUAAACACCAAUCCUUUUGCUACUGCUUUUAGAAAAAAUGGAGUCCAUGGACAAGCCAAACGGUAAGUUCAGUCACUAAAAUUUUUGAAAUAACUUUAAUUACCAACGACUCUUCUCAACGGCAAGAGAGAUUCCAUUUUUUUAUUGCGGCAGUAGAGAUUUUUUUUUCGCAAUGGUACGAUGGGUAUAUGGUACGGUACAUUUGGUAUGUCUUUUUUCGCAUUUUGAUGGGUUUUUUGUGCAUAAUUAAGCGGAGGGUCCGGGGGCAUGCUUCCCGAGAAAAUCUGAACUUUCUGAAUUUUUUGGCAUUCUGGUAGCUUGUUUGCGUUAUCACAGAUGCUGUCAUUGCAAAACUUGAAAGAAUUUUUUUGGUGACCCCCUCUUUUUACCCAAUGUAUUUUGCCUGCCCUCCCCCCUUGAAGCCAUAUUUCUUGGCAUGCCCCCUCCCCCCUCAAAUCCCAUCAGCCCCCUACCUAAUAAAAAUGAACGGUCCCUAGUAUGCGAGAAUCGUCUAAAAUAUGUGACAAUAUGACCAAAUUUUAAAAAAAGUAUGCUCUUGCCAGGCAGAUUCGCUCAAGCCUCACAAAUUCACAGAAAAUAACAUGGCACAAUAAGCUUAGCUUGACAUAGCGGGAAGAAGAGCUGAAAAUAAAUUGACUCGUGUUAAAUCGUGUGUGAUCUUUUCUUUCCUGUGAUAGGCGCCGCAUGGAGUUUAGGAGCGGUUUGAAUAACUGGAACGACGACUUGAACGAUGAUACAAGCCUCGAAGAGAGUUCCAACAACGGCGACGAUCCUGCGAACGGGCCCGGACCAGCUGGCCCUGUUCAAAAUUAUGACAAACGAGAGUUGGAUGGAAUACGUGCAGCGAUACCUUUCCUAAAAGGUACCACACAUGACUAGGCAAUAAAUACCUCUUCAAUAUUAGCCGAGGUUUCGGUCCGUACUGUAAAUUACAGACCGAUAAAUCGAUGGAAAAAACGAGUAUCGGUAAUUUACAGUACUGACCGAAAAAAACGAGGUCAAUAACAUGUUUAUCUUGUAUAUGGCUUCCUGUUUGGGGGACCGGAAACAAGUGCAGGACAAGUAGCCUGCGUAGCUGGCGGUUUUGUGGUUCACAAAGCGCGCGAAAGAUGAAGCAAGGGCGGAACAGAAAACGAUGGUUCAUCUUUGGCGCGGCUGAAUCUAUUAAAAAAAAAGAAAAAAACCGCCCGCGCGCUACGCAGGCUACAGGACAAGCGAUUUGGCAGUCAUUUGACAGGUGUCAGAAAAUGCAAGUUUUAAUUGGCUCACGGAAAAGAUAGCACCUCAUACAACUACUUUUCAUUGAAAGUAAAAUCAAAAUGCAAUUGCAACAUGUUGAAAAAGUUUCUUCGGUCAAAACUAAGAGCACUGUAAGUAUUUGCUCGUCAAUGUGACGCUGGAUUCUUUUGAAAACCGGACACUGACUCUGGCUCGAAGUCGCAUCCUUCUUUCGUUCGUUGGUCUUUGAAAAAAAUUCAAAUGGCAAAGAAGCUUGUUAAGGUGAUUUUAGCUGCAGGUAUGUUUGUUAUCAUAUUGUUGAACGAAUCGUUCUUUUCCCUUAGGCAAAACGUCUCGAAUCUCUGCCAGUAGAUGUUCGUCUUCUUAACAUUGUACUGCGAUAAAAUUUUUCAAGUAACUCAUUGUAAUCCUCUUCUUCGUUAAGAUUACGAUUUAGUUUCUUCAUCGUUUUCGUUCACAAAUAAACGCAGGUUAAAAUGUUAAAGGACGAAGUCAACAUCCAAGUCCUCAAGGUUGACACACGUCUUAAAACUUUCUUUAACAUCUUUUUCGAGAUAAAGAACUGCAAAAUUAGCAUUUGGUUUUGAAAGUUUGGUGCGUGUAGCAAGUCACGGACCGCAAAUUGACCAAUCGCGUGGCGAAGACAGACUUAGCCAUAUAAUAAUAACUAUUAUUCUCCAGACUCCUUUCAGUAAAUCCGGUGUAUCUUUCAGUAUGUCUGUCAGUGAGUCGCUCACUUAGUUUUUCAGUUCUUUCAGUAGUCGACCAGUACGAUUGCCAGUCAAUCAGCUUGUAAGUCAGCUAAUCAGUGACUGACGGUCAGCCAGUUUGUAGGCCACUUAGUCAGUUAUUUACUGAGUCUAGUAGUCAGUCAGUCAAGCCAGUCAGUCAGUCAGUCAGUCAGUCAGUCGGUCAAUCAAUCUGUUAGUUAACUAUUCAUCCAUUCAUUCAUCCUUCCGGCCAGCCAGUCAAUCAGUCAGUCAGUUAGACAGUCAAUCAUUCAGCAGCCCUCUUUUCAGUCAGUCAGUGAGUCAGCACGUCCACCUGUCAGUCUGGCAUUCAGUCGAUCAGUCAGUCCGUCAGCCAUCUCAGCCAGUCAAUCAGUCAGUCAGUAAGUCAGUCAGUCAGUCAGUCAGCACGUCCGCCUGUCAGUCAGGCAUUCAGUCGAUCAGUCUGUCAGUCAGUCAACCAUCUCAGCCAGUCAGUCAGUCAGUCAGUCAGUCAGCAGCCCGCUUGUCUGACAGUCUGUCGUUCUGUUGUUACUUCGUCAGUCAUUCAGCGAGUCACUUCGUCACUCGCUGUUAUGAGAGUUAAUCCCUCUUUGGUUGUUGUGCCUUUGAUUUCCUUGAUUUCAUCAUACAAAAUGCAUAAUGUUCGCAACUAUGUUCUUUGACUGUUUUUUGUUUUAUCAUUUUUAAUAAAUGUAGAUCGACUACGAAGAGACGUGUCAUUCUUCGUUUACAAUCCUAUCUACAAUGGGAUGCCUAGCCAGGAAAAAGUGUCAAACACAACACAGGUAAUGGAAAAUCAACCCACGGAACAAAUGCCUUAUAGUAGUGAAGGAGAGGUGGAGUUAACUUGCGAAGAAUCCACAGAAUGGAUGUGGGGGUUUGACGAGCAAAUGUCACUGAGAUACUCCCCAGAGCGUCCUGAAUUGGAAGCCUUUCUCCCUCAUAAGAUAGACAAUCUUACAGGUGCAGAUGAGGUGAACAAUGAACCGAAACAGGGCAGCUGCAAUGGUGAUGCCAAGAAGAAUGGAGAUGGCGUCAAUGUCUUUGUCCAAAGUACAGUCAGCAGAAGAAAAAAGUAUCAUCCGCGAAAACUGCAAAGGACGGACGACGUUACUCCAGCAGACGGUGGCUCUUCAGCCAACGAAGAAAGGAUUCAAUCAAACGUCGAUGUUCUGCCUGUUACUGAAGCAGCAGAAGCAAACGUACUCCAAGCUCAAUUACACGACAGUGACUGUAAUGAAGACGAUAAGGAAGAACAACUGCAGUCAAAAGUUGGCACCUCCCCGGAUUGUCCAGAGGUUACAUUGCCUCUGCUAGAAGCUGAUAAGACACCUUGUUCUCAGGACGGCCAGUCAGUUCCUCAGCCAUCUCAGAAUCAAAAUUUACAUCUGUUGUCGUCUAGAGCAACAGCAGGUGUAUCAGUUUCAAGUCAGGAUGGUCCAUAUCUCCUGCUUGGAGAAUCUGACGAGUCGUGUGAGAACGUGCCUCCUAAUGCUACUUCUUCGAAGCCAGAGAAAACAGUCGAGUCUUCUCUAACAGCACUGAUUCAGAUGUGCUCCGAGGCGGGCGAAUCUGCAAGCGAUGAAUCAUCCCUUCCGGGGCCAAAACAGGACCAAAGGUGUAUAUCAACUGGUGUAUCCACCUUUUGCCAGGUUUAUUUACCGCAAGAAUCCAUAUCAUCGUCAUCACCGUUCUUUUGCACCACUGUAGCAAUAGGCGUUCAAUCAAACAGACCUUCUAGUUAUUCAAGUGGUGUCAACCUAGCAACAAUUGCAUCUGAAGUCGAAGAGAGAAUAAUGCCUUCUUAUACAUCACUGUCUUCUCCAUCAAGUGAACUCUCGACAUCAGUAACCACAAUGUCAUCUUCGUUGCCGUUACCCCCAAAGUCAACUGCUGCAUUCAUUGAUAAUAAUACGCUUCUUAUCAGAAGCGAGGGUUUAGAGACGGUUUCAACAAUCAAUGGUCUAUCCCAAGCUACGACUGCGAUUGAAAACAUUGGUGACCAAUCUCAAUCCCUCUCAAUUACCGACCGCGUUUGCUCGCCUGAGAUUUCCAGAGCGCCAGCUUCGGGAAGCAAACAUCCAGAAUAUCGGCCCAUUGCCCCUGCGCCACAUCCGUCAAAUUUAAGUCCCGAUGUGCCUUCAGCGCAUGUUUUUGAGGACAGCGGAUAUUACUAUGACAAUGGAUCUUAUCCAAUAAUUAUAGACAGUUUUUCACUGAAUGACAAUAUUCAAUAUUCCUUUGCUAAACAGCCUCAAGUCAAUCUGUCAUACUAUCCAACUCCCCAACUGUAUCAAACAGGACAAGCAAGUCAUAACGUUCUCAAUUCCAUUAAUAGCACUGUGGUAAAGCGUAGUCUUCCUCUAGAGAAAUUCUACUCGUUUCCCGCACCAAACAGUGGAGACAAACAUCAAGUUGUUCGCUCUCGAUUUCAAGGAGGCCGUCACUACAAGACAACUCGGACUAACUUCAGCCGUCUAAGCUUGGAACCACUGUGUAGUGUAAUUUAUCCGCUGACAAGUUGUUCACGCCCGGUAACACAUCAAAGAUAUAUUCAACCUGUGGCGGAGGAUGCAUCCAGUUUUUCCAGAACGCGGGAAUUGGGAGCUGGCUAA